GAGGGGGUCCAUUAUCCAUCCCUAGUGUAGGACUGGUGAGCGUGCAGCGUGGAGACUCGCAUCUGCUCCUGUUCUCGAGCCAUUCGGUUCUUCGCGCCCGGACUUGCCGAGAUUCUCCACGGUCGCUGCUCCAGACCCUCCACCAAGCAGCUCGCAGUCGUGUCGAGAGCGAGGAGUGGUGACAGUCCCGACUAUGGCAGCUAUGGCCACCCAGUGCGUUGCCGCUGCAUCUCUGGCCUCGUCGUUCUCUGGCCAGAGGAAUGUGUUCUCCAUGAAGAAGAAUGUCGUCGUGCAGUCCACUCAGAGGUGUAGAUUAACCGUCCGCGCCAGCCAGGGAAGCUACAUUCCAUCUGAGCACAAAUUCCUCUAUGAAGGCGUCGAGAAGAUGGGACCUGAUGUUUGGAACACAACGUACUACCCGAAGGCAGCGGACCACGUGAACUUGGAAAAGACCUGGUACAUCGUUGAUGCUGCUGAGAAACGUCUAGGUCGCCUUGCUUCCGCGAUCGCCGUUCAUAUUCGUGGAAAGAACUUGGCUGAAUUCACUCCCAGUGUUGACAUGGGCGCUUACGUCAUUGUGGUCAAUGCCGAGAAAGUAGGAGUCACUGGUAAGAAGAGGGCUCAAAAGCUGUACAGAAGGCACUCAGGAAGGCCCGGAGGAAUGAAGGUGGAGACCUUCAAUGACCUGCAAAAGAGAGUCCCAGAGCGUAUUGUGGAGCACGCCGUCAGGGGAAUGCUCCCCAAGGGAAGGCUGGGAAGGCGUUUGUUUACCCAUUUGAAGGUUUACACCGGUGCGGAACAUCCCCACGUUGCCCAGAAGCCACUACCCUUGCCCAUCACCGACAGGAAGAUCGAUCUUGUCUCAACCUAGACCUGGAUAUAAGAUCAUUUUGAGAUUUUUUUGGGAAUAUGAUGCGGGUAGAAAGGCUUGUGGUAACAUGAGGAGAGAACCCCCCACACACUUAGAAGGUGGUCAUAUUGUAGCUCUAGUAUGUGAUUUAGUAAUUAGAAAUCAAAUUGUUAUUCUUGGCCGAGCUGCAGCUUUGAAGCAGGUUGAAUCCCUGGGAGAAAUAAAGUACAUAUAUCGAGUCGAGCUU